CCUCACGCUCACCUGUUCUUCAUUUUUUUUAAUGCUCUGUUCGGAAAUCAAAUCACAGGAUGAUUGAUUAUUGAACGUUUUGUGAUUUUCUAACAAAAAACCCCUUCUCCAUUCCAAUCCCUUUGCCGUCUAUCGGAGUGAGAGACUGCUGUUGCCGCCUCCGUUGCACUCAAGAACUUCCGUCUUCGUGCUAUCGGCGUUCGCUACUUCGCUCCAUUCCAAUCUAGUGCUUGUUCUUCGUGUUUAUUUUAUUGUCUGUUCAGAAAUCAAACCUUCUUCGUGCCUGUUCUUCGAUGGUUGAUUUCAGACUCUCGGUGAUUCUCAUAAAAUUAGAGUUUUUGUGAGUAGUCUCUCAUACUGGUAAUGGAAGCUGCUUAGAGGAAUUUCAAGCUUUGAGAUUUUCUUCCAACGAUGAUGCUGACAACUGGGAUGGAAUGCUUUCUAUAAAAACCACGAGGAGCAGCUCAAAGUUGGGAGUAGAGUAACUUCCAACAUUGAAAACCAUCAGCACAAUGAACUGGUGAUGGAGGCUAUUUUAGGUUUUAGAAGCCAAAGGAUCGAUACUCUUUUAGUUUUUUCGGUUGGACUACGGUUGGACCAGUAAACCAGUGAACCAGUGACUAGAGCAGUUUGAUAAUUGGUCUGGUUCUCAGAACCUUGGUUUAUAGUGUGGUGUACUGGUGUUUGUUGACUCCAACUCCAUAUGUCCAACUCCAACCUGAUAUUUGAUUAUGUAAUUCAAUUUUUGCGGAAAUGUCGUCAUCAUAAACAUGAAAGAUUAGACAUGAAGAAAGUGCAUGGGUACCUGGUGAGGAGGGGCAUCCUCUUUCGGUGCCACUGUCUUCACACAGGAAUGAUGGCCACAUACGCCGCCACGUGCCCCCAUUCUUUUGCUAAUAAGAAGCUUCAAACACUGAUGAACAAGUUCUUGAGAUGCAUCAGCAUCAACUCCACCAACCCCAUACACUUCAAUGCCAUCAUCUCUGAUUCUUCUCGCAUGGGCCUGCCCUUUCUCGCUCUCACUACCUUCUCCUUCAUGCACUCCAAUGCCAUUCCUUUGGAUACCUACGCUUUCUGCAGCACCUUGAAUGCUUCCUCUACACUCGCAGAUGUUCACUUUCCCAAACAGAUACAUGCCCACCUGGCAAAAUCGGGUUGGUCCUCUAGUGUUUUUGUGGCCAGUGCUCUCAUUGAUCUCUACUCUAAAUUGUCCACUUUGAAAGAUGCAGUCCUUGUGUUUGAUGAAACUCCUCACAAGAACACCGUUUGUGCCAAUGCACUUUUGUCCGGUUAUGUCCAUGCUGGUUUCUGGGUUGAACAGCUUGAACUAGUUAGGAAGAUGCCAGUCUUGAAAUUGAAGUACGAUCACUUUACACUCUCAGCGGCUUUACGUGCAUGCACCGGUUUAUCUGCCAUUGAAUUGGGUAGACAACUGCAUAGUUAUUUGUUGCGUACGAUAUGGGACAUAGAGAGUGAUGUGUUUCUGCAGAGUGCGCUGAUUGAGAUGUAUGGCAAGUGUGGGAUGGUGAAGAAGGCAUGGCAAGUGUUCGGGUUGGCAGGAACCGAGGUGAAAAAAGAAAGAAGCAGAGAUGUUGUGCUGUGGACUUCAAUGCUUGGUGUGUAUGGCAGAAAUGGACACUACAAAGAAGUCAUUGCUUUAUAUAAUGAAAUGUUGGUGGAAGGAAUCAGACCAGAUGGGAUAGCAUUUCUUACGGUGAUCUCGGCUUGUGGUCGAACCGGCCAAGUACAAGAGGGUGUCAAGUAUUUUGAAUCUAUGGCUAAUGAAUUCAAGUUAGAUCCUGGUCCAGAGCAUUACAGCUGUUUGGUUGAUUUGCUUUGCAGGGCUGGGGAGUUGCACAAGGCAUGGGAAAUACUAAAUGAGAGAGUGGGAAAAUGUAGCAUCUCCAUGUGGGGAGCUCUACUCAGUGCAUGUGUGGAUUGUGGGAACAUAGAGUUGGGCGAAUUGGCAGCUGAAAGAGCACUUCACUUAGAUCCUCAGAAUGUUGGAAUCUGCGUCAUGCUAUCAAACCUAUAUGCCAAGUUUGGUAUGUGGGAUCGGAUCAGGGAAUUGAGAGCCCUGAUUAAUGCAAGUCGGUUAAGAAAAGAUGUUGGGUGCAGUUGGGUUCAGGUAACAAGUUGAAUGGCUUCUUGUCAUGCUUUCAACAAAAUAUGACAAACAACACAGGAAUAGAUUUCGAUCAAGUUUAUGGCAUGAUGAGAUCAUUUAGUGAGGGAGAUAUAAAGGUAUGUUACAGCAGAGGGUGAUCUGUUCAAAGCCCCGGAACCUGUUUU